GUCGACGAGGUACGAGUUUAUACGCACAUGUCAUGUUAAGACGGGGCAGAAAGAUGCGUCGACCGGUGGCGCUAUUUACACUAUUCGCAUUGGCAACCUGCUGGUACAGUUACAUGCCCACGAUAGUAGCGGCUAUGGCAAGCAGUAGUUUUGUUCAGAACCAUCGAUUAGUGGAUGGUGUGAGUCAGUUGUAUGACUACCAGCGGGAACUAUUUACCGGAGGACAGCGACACAAACGCGGUGCAUUUAGCGCCCAAUACGACAGUAACACGCUCAGUGUGAACGAUUAUGCCGACGGUAUGAGUGGCACCGUUAGUGGCAGCAUCGGAAAUGGAGGUUCUUCCAGAGAGUCAAAUGUUGAGCUCUUGCGUGACAAUCGAAAGCCCAGCUUUGUGGAGUGCGACAGUUACAAGCCUAUGCUGAAGGAGGAACAGUCGGUGGGAACGCCGGUGAUGCGUGUUACUGCGACAGAUCCCGACCCUCGGCAGACGAUCGAGUACAGCUUCGUGACAACACCUGGCGAGCGGGCCCGUUUCCGGAUAGAUAAGAGUACGGGCGAGAUUACGACGGCGCACAUCUUCGAUCGAGAUGAACCGAUUCGUGAGAAGGAGAUCUACAUCACGGUGCGCGCCACUGACAAUGGACGACCACGGCUAGAUGAUGUGUGCACCUUCAAGGUGACGAUUCUCGACAUCAACGACAAUCCGCCGGUGUUCGAUAAGGUACGCUACGAGGAGUCGGUGACGAAAGAUAUGAAAGCGAAUCUGCGUGUAGCCACAAUCUCGGCGACGGAUAUGGACGAUGGUGAUAACAGUAUCAUCAAGUACGCAAUUGUGCAACAGAAUCCGGACAGCAGUUACUUCAAGAUCAACGAAAAUAAUGGGUUGCUUACACUGACGAAGCCAGUCGAUCGAAGUCCCGGUCAGUACUAUUCGAUACGGGUGAGAGCGUACAAUGUGGAUUCGCAGGGCGAGCCUGUACAGGAUGCUGAGGUGGAUGUGAAAGUGCGUGUCGUGGAGUCCAAUAAACUACCGCCUUACUUUACCAAAGUGCAAGCUGUGGCGAUUGUGUUGAAUGAAACGUUUAAGAAUUACACCGAAUCGUUGGCAGAUUUCGAAGCCGAAUCAAACAUUCCCGAGAAACCGGAAGUGAUCUUUGAAUUGAUUCAAGGUCGUGCUGAGCAAACGAAUUCGAAGAAUACAUUCCUGCUGGAACAGAUCAACAACACUGCCUCGAUCAAGCUGGGAAAGACGCUAGACUAUGAAACCGUGACGGAGUAUACGCUCACGGUGAGUGUGAAAAAUUCACACGAUCUGGUGGCAGAAACUGUGCUGAAGAUCAAGGUGCUGGAUGAGAAUGACAUCAUACCAGUCUUUACGGAGGUGACGUCGGGCACAAUUCCAGAAGAUGAACCUCCCGGCACUCCUGUGAUGCAGGUACGAGCCUACGAUCUGGAUGGAACUUCAGCUAACAACAUUGUAUCGUAUCGAUUCGAUGAUGAAAAUCAGCAGCUGUUCCACAUCGAUAGCCGAACGGGGAAUAUUACAUCGUUGGCGGAGUUCGAUCGAGAAGCGACCGAUUCGUAUCAUUUGAAGAUCAUCGCCGAGGACAACUCCCCGUCAGCUUUGUACAGAAAUGGUAAACCGAACAGUAUCUCACAGCUGUUCAUCAUCAAGAUCUCCGAUAAGAACGAUCAUCAACCGAAGUUCGUAAAGGAUCACUUUGUGGCAGAAAAUGUACCGGAAGAUGCGAACAUCAACACGGUUGUGAUUGAGGUGACUGCUAUUGAUCAAGACACGGCCUCACUCAUCACCUACAGCAUCAUUGAUGGUAAUGUGGGCGACGCGUUCAAGAUCGACGAGAACACUGGUCGUAUCUCGGUGAACAGCCGGCUGGACUACGAGACAAUCCGAGAGUACAUGCUGAUAGUGCAAGCGGACGAUGGCAUUUUCCAGGACAACGCGACUGUUUCGAUUAAGAUCGAAAACGUUAACGAUAAUCCUCCGCGCUUUAUAGAUCUGCGCAAUGUGACGAUUCAAGAGGAAAGUAUUCCUCCCGGUUGUAUCAUGACGAUUCAGGCGUUCGAUCCUGACAUUGAGAGCCGAGACGAACCGCAACACAUUCGUUUCUCCUUCGUAAAGGAACAGGAAGACCUGCUGGAAAUUGAUGACACCGGUUGUCUUCGGUUGAGAAAGGCGCUGGAUCGCGAUCCACCGCAAGGGUUUAAGAGCUGGCAGUUUAUCAUCACCGCAACGGAUGAGGAUGGUGCGGGAAAGAAAACGCCAGCCACUGUGAACAUUUUCCUGGAAGAUAUCAACGACAACGCACCACAUCUAUCGAACGCGAUGCCAGUAGUGUGGGGAGAGAACCGUCCGCCAGGGUUGAUCGUGAGGCUGACAGCAGAAGAUGUAGAUGAAGCCCAGAACGGCCCACCAUUCUACUACAGCAUUGAUCCAAACGCACCAUACGAGAUCAAGGAACGUUUCCAAGUGCAAGGCGACGAACUGUAUGCUUUGGUGGAGUUCGAUCGAGAGGAGCAAAAGGAGUAUCGGGUACCAAUCCGAAUCAGCGACUCUGGCGAAGAACCAAUGAGCGACGUCAGCAUAUUGCAUCUUGUAAUUGGUGACGAUAAUGACAACGAGAUGAGACCUGGUGAAAGUCGAAUCUUCGUAUACAACUACAAGGGAGAGUCACCCAACACAGAAGUUGGCCGCGUGUACGUGGAUGAUCCGGACGAUUGGGAUCUUCCGGAUAAAACGUUCCAGUGGGACGACGCUACCCGUCAUCAGUCGGUGGAUUUCUUCGAUCUAAAUCGCGACACUGGCAUGAUCACAAUGUUACAAGGCACUCGAGGUGGUGAAUACGAGUUAAACUUCCAUGUGAUUGAACAGUCGAGUCACUUCCCACGCCAUAACGUCACAGCUAAAGUAACAGUGACGGUGAAGGAAAUUCCCGAGGAAGCGGUUGAUAAGAGUGGAUCGAUCCGAUUCCAUAAUGUAACAGCAGAGGAGUUUGUAUCGCGUACACCUGGUCAACUCUCCACGCCCAAAGAUCGUUUGCAGAUGAGCAUUGCGAAUACCCUCAACGUUAGUCGCGAGAAUGUGGACGUGUUUACCGUUUUGAAGCGUGAUAAUGUCAACGGGACCUUCCUGGAUGUACGAUUUUCCGCCCAUGGCAGUCCUUAUUACGCACCGGAACGAUUGAAUGGCAUGCUUGGCUACCGACUUCGCCAGCUGGAAGAGGAUGUCGGUCUGUCAGUGUUGAUGGUGGGGAUCGACGAGUGCAUCGAAGAGGGUCGUAACUGUGAACUUUCCUGCAAAAAUACGCUCUACAAGUCGAAUGUGCCAAUCGCGGUCUAUACCAACACGAGCUCGUUUGUGGGUGUAAAUGCGUUCGUACAGGCGGAGUGUGUAUGCGAGGCUCCUCCACCUUCACUGACCUGUUUGAACGGAGGAUUCCUUGUGAACGAUCGGUGCUCCUGUCCGGAUGGUUUCGAAGGACCCCACUGCGAAAUGUUGGGCAUCGGGUUCUAUGGUAGUGGAUACGCUCUUUAUCCACCGAUCAGCCCUUGCAACAUGACGCGGAUCAGUGUAGAAUUGUCCCCACACCAGGAGGAUGGCUUGGUGAUGUACAUUGGACCGCUUAAUUACAAUCCUCGUCUACCGGUGCAAGAUUUCCUUGCGCUAGAACUCGUCAAGGGUCUUCCGGUGCUGCUGCUUGACUAUGGUAGUGGCACUACACGCAUCGAACAUCGCCAUCGGUUUCCACAGGGUAAACCAUUCACCGUCGAGAUCGUACUGCAGCCCCAGACGAUCGAGAUGAUCGUAGACAAUUGCAAGUUGUCCACUUGUAUGAGCCUGGAUGCACCAAAAGGACCAAAUCGUUUCCUCAACGUAAACGCUCCUCUUCAGCUCGGCGGUGCGGCCGUCAAUUUGGACUAUCUCGGUUCGUUAUUCAACUGGACGUAUGUACCGCAGGACAAGGGUUUCAGCGGGUGUCUAAGAAACCUUACCAUCAACGAGCGUACGUACGAUCUGGGCCUGCCGAGUCUCUCGAAGAACGCCGAUCCAGGCUGUCAGCGGUCCGUGGCAGUUGCCGUAUCGUUCGGCAUCGAUUCUUACUUCCUGAUUGCGAUCAUCGCCUGUAUCGUGCUGCUGCUGAUACUGUUGCUAGCGGUCGUCGUGCACAAGAAGCAUCAGGACGGCUGGCACGAGAAGGAUAUGGAUGAUAUCCGCGAAACGAUCAUCAACUACGAGGAAGAAGGCGGUGGUGAGCGGGACGCAGAAUACGAUCUUACCGUGCUUCAGGGGCCACCGAUCUAUCUCGACAAACCGUACGGCAGUGAUCUCAGACAGAAGGAGUCAGCGGCCGAGGUGCCCGAUAUAGGGGCUUUCCUUACCGACAAGAAGGACGCAUGUGACAAAGAUGCGGACGCUUACCCGAUCGAUGACGUGCGGCACUAUGCGUACGAGGGCGAUGGUAACAGUACGGGCUCACUGUCCAGCCUGGCCUCGUGCACCGACGAAGGUGACCUGAAGUUCAACUACCUGUCAAACUUUGGACCACGGUUCCGCAAGCUGGCCGACAUGUACGGAGAGGAACCGUCCGACACCGACUCGAACGUGGAUGACGACGAGGGCUGGAGGAUAUAGAGACGAACGCACGGGUUUGCGCUUGUGUGUGAUAAAACAAAAUACUCACAGCGUGAGA